UGGAACUUUUUACCGCCUCUGGGUGACAGAUUGGAGAUUCGGGUCUGGCUCAUAAAGAUAUCUAUACAUAUGUGUGCUCUAAUAAAACAUGUUCUCCUCUCCUCGAAGCAGCCGCUUUUUAUGACAGCUCCUUUAUGUCAGAGACACUUGCCUUGCUUCUUUGGGUUAUAAACUUUUGAUGCCAAACCUCUGCAGAGCGUGCCCAGCUGAAUCGGAAAGUAGCAUCUUGAAGAGAUAGGCAGAAAAGAGCACUCUGUGACCUUCAUCACUGCACCUUCUUCCUCUCCCAUCCCGCAGCCUCCUUCCUCCCCCGGGGAGCUUCCAGAAAGAUCUUUGUGGAUGCAGGAGGGGCAUCUGGUUCUGCUAGGCUGGAAAGCUGAGGCAGGAUUUGAGGAAGAAAUAUUAGGCUCCGGAGAGCUUGGACUCUUUCUUCUUCUUCCCCCUCUCUGCUUCUGGCUUGCUCCAUCCCUUCCUUUCUCCCCACACCACUUCCUGUGACCAGCUGGUGUGGGGGGACAAGGACUGUGCUGCUGCUGAGUUCUGGGAAGUUGUGUCUAUCCAGGAUGGGGGUCUGUGGGUACCUGUUCCUGCCCUGGAAGUGCCUCGUGGUCCUGUCUCUCAGGCUGCUGUUCCUUGUACCCACAGGAGUGCCGGUGCGAAGCGGAGACGCCACCUUCCCCAAAGCUAUGGACAACGUGACAGUCCGUCAAGGGGAGAGCGCCACCCUCAGGUGUACCAUCGAUGAUCGUGUCACCCGGGUCGCCUGGCUAAACCGCAGUACAAUCCUCUAUGCUGGGAAUGACAAGUGGUCCAUAGACCCUCGUGUGAUCAUCCUGGUCAACACACCAACCCAGUAUAGUAUCAUGAUCCAAAAUGUGGAUGUGUAUGAUGAAGGACCAUAUACCUGCUCUGUGCAGACAGACAAUCAUCCCAAAACAUCCAGGGUCCACCUCAUAGUGCAAGUUCCUCCACAGAUCAUGAAUAUCUCCUCAGACAUCACCGUGAAUGAGGGAAGCAGUGUGACCCUACUGUGUCUUGCUGUUGGCAGACCUGAGCCAACUGUGACAUGGAGACACCUGUCAGUCAAGGAAGGCCAGGGCUUUGUGAGUGAAGAUGAGUACCUGGAGAUCUCUGACAUCAAACGUGAGCAGUCUGGGGAGUACGAAUGCAGCGCCUUGAAUGACGUUGCUGCACCCGAUGUGCGGAAAGUAAAAAUCACUGUAAACUACCCCCCCUAUAUCUCAAAAGCCAAGAACACUGGUGUCUCAGUUGGUCAGAAGGGUAUCUUGAGCUGUGAGGCCUCUGCAGUACCGAUGGCUGAAUUCCAGUGGUUCAAGGAAGAUACCAGGUUAGCCACUGGCCUGGAUGGAGUGAGGAUUGAGAACAAAGGCCACAUAUCCACUCUGACUUUCUUCAAUGUUUCAGAAAAGGAUUAUGGGAACUACACAUGUGUAGCCAUGAACAAACUUGGGAACAUCAAUGCCAGCAUCUCAUUGUAUGGGCCUGGAGCAGUCAUUGACGGUGUAAACUCUGCCUCUAGAGCGCUGGCUUGUCUCUGGCUAGCAGGGACCCUCUUUGCCCACUUCUUCAUCAAGUUUUGAUAAGAAACCAUAGGUCCUCUGAGCAACGCCUGCUUCUCCAUACCACAGACUUCACACUGUGGAGGGCAAACCAGUUUGGGCUUUUUCAUUUGUUUCUGAUCUUGUUUUGUUUUUGUUUGUUUAUUUGACUUUUUUUUUCCAGCUUGAAUGAAUGGGGUUGGGGGAGGGUGGGCAGGGUUCUACUGUGUGUAGGAUAAUCAUUCAUUGGUGUGUUCGAAAAUGGAAUCUGCUCCUGCUACCUUAGCCCUUCCCUUUCCUCUGCUUCUCUCUCCAUCACCACCACCACCUCCAUACACACCAAACCAUAAGUUCCGUUUGGGCAAAAAACGUUCCUCAUGAUAAACACCCUGAAAACAC